UUGCGCACAGCGAUCCAGGUCUCCAGACUGCGGGACACUUUCUUCCGUGGUUGACCCCCGGCUGUGUGAGCACUGCUUCAAUGCUGAAAAUGGAACCCCCCAACAGCACCCACGCCAGCGCCACCACCUCCAGCAUCCCUAGAGACUUCCGUGUGCCCAACAGCGGCAGCGGCAAUGGCAACGAAUACUUCUACAUCCUGGUGGUCAUGUCGUUCUACGGCGUCUUCUUGAUUGGCAUCAUGCUGGGUUACAUGAAAUCCAAGCGGCGGGAGAAGAAGUCCAACCUGCUGCUGCUGUACAAGGACGAGGAGCGGCUCUGGGACGAGGCCCUGAAGCCGCUGCCCAUGGUUUCGGGCCUGCGGUCUGUGCACAUGCCCAUAAGCAUGGUCUCCCUGAAAGAGGCCCUCGUGCAUGGACCUUGA